AUGACGAGUCGAAGAGAUUUGGAAAUCAAGUUGACAGAAGUCGAGUCGACUUUGGCACGAUUCUUCUUGGAUGUUGCCCAACACAUUGAUCAGAAUCCUUCCGGAGAGGUCCCUCAUGCGAAAGCAACUGAUGAUCCCACCAUUUUACGCUUCACGGGUGGAUGGGUCCGAGAUAAGUUGCUGGGGGUUGCUAGCCACGAUAUCGAUGUGGCAGUCAACAAUAUGACUGGCUACCAGUUCGGACUGGUCAUGAACCAAUAUCUGGACAUCCCCGGAAAGUCCGAGAAAUAUGGCCUUCAAGGUUUGGCUGGGAAGCUCCACAAGAUCGCAGCGAACCCCGAGAAAUCGAAACAUCUGGAAACCACGACGACACGGGUCUUCGGCCUAGACAUUGAUAUUGUCAAUCUACGAAAAGAAACAUAUGCAGAGGACAGCCGCAACCCACAGAUGGAGUUUGGCACCCCUGAAGAUGAUGCUCUGCGCCGCGAUGCGACCGUCAAUGCCUUAUUCUACAAUUUGAAUACGUCCAAAGUGGAAGAUUACACCGGAAGAGGUCUCAAUGACAUGGAGAAGAAGUUGAUCCGUACCCCCUUGGAGCCUUAUCAAACAUUCAAUGACGAUCCCCUGAGAGUCCUUCGACUUAUCCGCUUUGCGAGUCGGCUGGACUAUGCGAUCAUACCUGAGGUAUUGGAAGCCAUGGCCGAUGAAUCGAUCAAAGCGGCAUUACGGCUGAAAAUCAGCCGCGAAAGAGUCGGGGUGGAAAUUGAGAAAAUGCUCAAAGGGCCAAGGCCUUUGAUGGCGCUUAGCUUAAUCCAUCGACUUGGGCUCUAUGGCACGAUAUUCACCGAUCCGACCAUUACACCCUCGUGGCGGCCAGAUACCCAGAGGUGGGACUCGGUUUACAACUUUGUGAGCAGCCUUUUGCUGUCGGAUGCGGAUGAGAAAUUGAUAUCUCUGCGUUCAAUCCUAAUCCAGAAUGAAGAGGAUGGGUUCCUUGCGUGGGUGCUGGCUUGCACCGUUCCGUAUCUGGAUGCCCCAGAGCCUGCAGCCAACAAAAAGGGCAACAACCCCUCUCACCCUGGAGUAUCCGCAUUACGUGAAGGCAUCAAGGCUCCAAACAAAGUUUCCGAGGUCACAGCAAUUGCAUACCAAAACCGCUCGGCUAUAAAGGACUAUAAGGACGGCCUGUUUAUGCAGUUGAGAAAUCCUGCUUCGAGAAAGAGCACGACCGAUUUUGCUGCUCGAGAUGUUCUUGGUCUGGCAAUUCGACGAUGGGGCUUUACUUGGAGGAGCCAAGUGCUUUUUUCCAUGCUUGACGAGAUCCAUUCGGGCACAAGGAGCAUCGCCACCAUUGUUUCCUCCUAUGAGGCAUUCGUCAAGCACGUAGAAUCCUUAGAUCUUCUCGACGCAUAUGCGUUGAAGCCCAUCAUCAAUGGGAAAGCCCUUAUGCAGGCCCUAGGUGGUAAAUCAGGACCGUGGCUUCGAGGUGCAUUGGACACGGUUAUGGCAUAUCAACUUCGCAAUCCCGGGAAUGCCGAUGCAUCCGCGGCUAUCGAUGAAAUAAAAGCGGCUCGCAGUAGGGACGAACGAGAAACCAGAAACGAGGCGAACAGUGGUGAGCUCACCAGGUCACUUAUUCAUCAUUUUCUGAGGCUCACAAUUCGCUCUUCUUUCGAAAAGCAUCUGGCUCCCGAAGUGACCAGUGAUGGCCGAAAGAAGCCUUCGAAUGCAAUCAGAUCUUCGAACGACUACAUCGACGAAGAGAAGGAGAAAAACCUCAAACCCUGGAAGCAUGGUGAUGGUUUGGCAUUGGAGCUGCUGAUCUGGUCUGCAAAAUCCAUCAGAAGCCAAUGGGUCCAAGAUAACUGGGGAUUGCUCAUACCCCCAAUCCUUACCUUGCUCGAUGACCAUGAUACUGGAUAUAAGAUAAUUGGAUGCGAUUGUUUGAGGCAUGUCCUGGAAGUGACCCCGUCGUUACAUUUGCAGCAAACAAAUUUGGCAAAUCUAUUCGAAGAGAAGUUGUUGACAUGCUUCUAUUAUCUACCGACCUCAAUUUCGGUCGAAGACAGCUCGAGGACCCUUGCAGCAGCCACGGCAGCGAUGGUCCAGCUCAUACGAUCACGAUGGGCAAUCGUGGCCAAACCUGAUAUGGACCGACGCGUACAAGCACUAGACAAGCUUCUCCGACAAGGGAUCCUCCGGCCAUUGGAGCUCGCAGGGGACAAUGCAGCGUUUGCCGCCGUAUUGUUUCAAAACAUGGCGUCCAUUCUUGAUGAGAUGGAAAUCCUGUCUGUCAAGCACAUGCAAAACGUGCUUGACCCGAUCUGCGGAACUCUUCGCGACCCAUUCUUGCAUGCCCACCCCCCUCUCGCGAUCGCGACGCUUGAGGCUCUGAGGUCACUCAUGAGAAACGCUUGGCCUCGAAUUAUUCCACACCGACAACAGAUUAUCCGAGGGUUAACGCGUUGCUGGGUCACUUUAUGUGAAGACUCGCAGCAACCCUUCAGUAAUGAAUCGGAACUGAAUGCAGCUCGACUGGAAUGUAAAGAGGCCUGGGAGAUGUUGUCGGCCAUCACGAUGCACGGGGGUGUUGAUAUAGAGGAUGAGAUCCAUGAAAUGGUCGAGGCCGACCUAAGGUUGGGCGGUCUUUUCCAACGCAAGGUGUGA